AUGGAAGACCCCGACCGAGGCUGGAAGCCAAACGGACGCCCUCAGUCCACCGUAGCCCGCAACUUCUUGUCCGAAUUGGACGACCUUUUCAAGAUUGAUUCCUCUAUCGAUGUGCUCGACAAGACGGUGCACCAGAAGAAGCAAGCAGUCACAAGCCGCGCCCAAGAGCUCGAGGCCUUAGAGGCUCGUCUGCGUGAAACCGAGGAGCGGCUGAAGCAAGCCAGAUCAUCGCCGCCCUCUUACACCCGCAAGGAUAGUGAACGGCAGAGUCCUUUCCAAAGCACCCUCCCGGAGCAGGACAAAGCACAUGUGGAGGAACCUAGCAGCCCUCUUACCCAGCCCGCAAAGGACAUGCCAGGUGCGCUACCAGAGACUCCCACAUCUUACAACAGCACUGAAUAUGUCCUGGUAGACCGGCCACAUACCGCCCAGAACGAGUAA